GAGACUUGACUCACUAUAUAAGGUAUUACGUCCCGACUGUAGGUAGCGCCGUGCCGUCUCCCGUGGAAUAAUGACCUACACGUGGCGUUUACUUACCGGCUUGGUGCUUAUUGUUGGCGCACGUGGUGCUGAGUUUGGAGACAGUGGAAAUGGUGAAGCUUCAGUUGUGAGCCUCAGGACAAUCUACAAUAUCCUGUUUGGACUGAGGGCACACCUACCACCACAGACCGCCGGUCCUUACUGUGCUGUCUGUUGUUUCAUUCCGAAUCUGUUAGAACGACAAAGGUGCAAGAACAGAAGCUGUAACAACCCCAAUACGCCGUGUCUGCUUCAAGGUACCGACAACUGCAUGGCCUCCACAUGGACAUCGAGGGAGGUCUAUGAUAUUCUGGUUCGAGUGCUGUCAUCGUAUCCUGGCUUCAUCAGACGACCUACUGACCAUUGUGCGCUGUGCUGCCUGAUACCGGACCCUGACAAGCGGCAACAGUGUGUAGAUAUGUACUGCAAUUCUGGCACUUCAUGCGACAGGUAGAAGAAACUAGAAGCCCCAUAAUUUGACAUUCAUCCGCAAUGAAUUCACAUGUUCAUAUGGAGUACAGUCGUAAGUGGAGGUGCAGUUAUAAUUGUAGGUGUAAAGUUGUAAGUGAAGGUGUGCAGUUAUAAUUGCAGGUGUAGAGUUGUACCUGGAGGUGUGAGUUAUAAUUUCACGUGUAGAGUUGUACCUGGAUGUGUGAGUUAUAAUUUCACGUGUAGAGUUGUACCUGGAGGUGUGAGUUAUAUUUCACGUGUAUAGUUGUACCUGGAGGUGUGCAGUUAUAAUUUCACGUGUAUAGUUGUACCUGGAGGUGUGAGUUAUAAUUUCACGUGUAUAGUUGUACCUGGAGGUGUGGGUUAUAAUUGCAGGUGUAGAGUUGUACCUGGAGGUGUAUAGGUAACUGCUGGGACUGGUGUGGAGGUGUGCAGAUAUAACUGCCGAUGUCCAGUUGGCGGUACACAUGCACUGCAAAUCAGUCGCCAUGUUGUUUAAGACGCGGAUUUCGAUUUUGUGACUCGGUUUUGUUUGGAGUAUGCAUUGACUUAUUAGUCCAGCCCAGAUAUAACUCCCUAAUCCCAGCCUAGUUUGGCAUAGUUGGAAACUGGUUAUACAUGAACUUUGAAUGACUGCUUUCCCCAAUGUGACGUGCAUUUCGAAUUGAUUGCUUGAAGGUUAAGGGCCAACUCUUUGGUGACCCAUCCACCAUCUCAGCCCCGCCUUUUUCUAAGAUGUAUUAGCUUUUGUCGGUGAGCUACAGUCCCGUAGAUAUGGUUGACCGCAAGACUGGUAUAUUUCUGUGCAUCAGAAUCUUGAUUUGCCAUAUUGUCUCUGCUCGAUUUAACCGACUGUUUGAAGCGACUCCGUGUCUAUGUCUGUAUAUCAGGCAUGACAGGAUCAUAUUAUUCAUUAUAACGAAACAGUAUUAUGUAUUCCCGAAGAUAGUAUGUUCCUGUAAACAGACACCCUCCCAGCAUAACAUAAAUAGUCUAUGGGCACCGUCAGUUGUUGAGCGAAAUAUCAAAGCUGUGCUUGUAUCUGAUAGUUAAUAAAAUACAUUAGGAAUUGAAUGCAUUGUAGCAUAUCAAAUGUUU